AUGGAAUCCUCUAAGGAGGAAGUCCCGCAAUGGCAUAACUUAGUGGCCGGAGCAGUCGCUGGUGCUGGUUCUCGUCUGGCAACAGCUCCCCUUGAUCUUGUCCGCAUCCGAUGGCAGCUGGAAAAGACUGUGACGUAUCCAAGACCCACGAUAUUUCAAGCAUUAUCCACCAUUGUGCAAAACGAAGGCGGAGUCUCAGCUUUGUUCCGUGGCAGCGUGGCAGCAACUUAUCUGUGGGUUGGGUAUUCGAUGGUCCAAUUCACAGUAUAUGGACGAAUACGCACAUGGUUUGAGUCGCAAGAUGACCAAACAAAUCCCCAUCCUACUCUUGUCUCUUUCUGUUCGGGGGGCAGCGCUGGGGUUGUUGCAACUCUCCUCACAUACCCUUUCGAUGUCUGUCGCACCAUUUUUGCCGCUCGUGGUGUAGCACUGCAGCCCCUGGAAGGAAAGUCUAGGACGUUUGCUCCUCCUAAAACGCUGUACGAAUUUGCUUUCUCCUUGUAUCAUAAACGUGGAAUACGGGCAUUCUACGCAGGCUAUAGCCCAGCUAUCGUACAGAUCAUGCCUUACAUGGGCCUAAAUUUUUGUAUAUACGAGAAGCUCACUCAAGGCGACAAGGGUGUUGCAAAGUCAGGACUGGCCGGGUCUCUGUCUGGUGCAAUUUCGAAGGUUGCCGUCUAUCCGAUAGAUACUGUAAAGAAGCGCCUGCAAGCUCAAGCUGUAUUUGGUGCAACUGGAGACCACUAUGAGGGUAUGGUUGAUUGCUUCACGAAGAUGCUGAAAAAGGAAGGGCCAACUAGUUUCUACAGGGGACUUGUGCCCUCAGUUGCCAAGACAGCUAUUGCCACAAGCCUAACGUUCUCGCUCUAUCGCGGGACCAAGAAUAUAUUAGAAGACUUUCAUAAAACUAAUUAA